AUGCACAGUGCUGAAAUUUCAAAGCAACCAGCCUCAUCUCCAAAUAUCACACACAAAGGAAACACAUUCUAUUUGAAUGCGAUAGUAAGAGCGAGUUAUUUCACAGCACACGGAUCGUUGACGUGGCGAAAGAUCGUCGAAAUCCCGCGUAAAACCCCAACUUCAAUUUUUUCGCGAUUCGAUUUUCAAUUGCGUUUUCUCUACACUGCCCCUCCCCACAACCCUUCUUAUCCCCUCCUCUCGCGCCCAAACCUCACAACACAGUGCACUCUCACCUUUUCCCUUCUCUCCUUGAAACCCUUGCUCCUCGCCGACUUUGUCCGAGUCUUUCCGCUUUCACUGAGUUUCGCCAUGCCGAAGGUUAAAGCUGAUUCCAAAGCCGCCGAUAACAGGUUGAAGCGCAAAGGCGUUGGUGCAGGAAGGAAGCAAACAAAGAAAGCUGCUAAGGAUCCCAACAAGCCUAAGAGACCUCCCAGUGCUUUCUUUGUUUUCAUGUCUGAGUUCAGAGAGCUGUUUAAGAAGGAUCAUCCUACCAACAAAUCCGUUGCUGUUGUUGGGAAAGCUGGUGGUGAUAAAUGGAAAUCUAUGUCUGAUGCUGAAAAGGCCCCUUUCAUUGCUAGGGCUGAGAAGAAAAAAGAAGAGUAUGAGAAAAGUAUCUCAGCCUACAAUAAGAAAUUGGAAGGAAAGAAUUCAGAGGAAGAAGAAUCUGACAAGUCAAAAUCUGAAGUUAAUGAUGAGGAGGAAGAGGAGGAGGAUGAUGAAGAUGAUGAGUGA